CGCCUGCCCAGCCCCCCGCCCCCGGGGACCCAGGCUCGCCAGCGCGCGCAGCGGGGAGCCGGCCGGGACGCGCCAUGGGGGGCCCCUCCGCCCUGCCCCUGCUACUGCUCCUCGCCAGCUGCGGGGCGCCCGGCGGGGCCAACCUCUCCCAGGACGGCUACUGGCAGGAGCAGGAUUUGGAGCUGGGAACUCUGGCUCCACUCGGCGAGGCAAUCAGCUCCACAGUCUGGAGCAGCCCUGACAUGCUGGCCAGUCAAGAUAGCCAGCCCUGGACGUCUGAUGAGACAGUGGUGGCUGGUGGCACCGUCGUGCUCAAGUGCCAAGUGAAGGAUCAUGAGGACUCAUCCCUGCAGUGGUCUAACCCGGCCCAGCAGACUCUCUACUUUGGGGAGAAGAGAGCCCUCCGUGACAAUCGGAUCCAGCUGGUCAGAUCUACUCCGCACGAGCUCAGCAUCAGCAUCAGCAACGUGGCGCUGGCGGACGAGGGCGAGUACACCUGCUCCAUCUUCACCAUGCCCGUGAGGACCGCCAAGUCCCUCGUCACCGUGCUCGGAAUCCCACAGAAGCCCAUAAUCUCUGGCUAUAAGUCAUCAUUACGGGAAAAAGAAACAACCACCCUAAACUGUCAGUCUUCUGGAAGCAAGCCUGCAGCCCAGCUGACCUGGAGGAAAGGUGACCAAGAGCUCCACGGGGAACCAACCCGCGUCCAGGAAGAUCCCAACGGAAAAACCUUCACCGUGAGCAGCUCAGUGACCUUCCAGGUUUCCCGGGACGAUGACGGGGCAGACAUCGUAUGCUCUGUGAACCACGAAUCUCUAAAGGGGGCUGACAGAUCCACCUCUCAGCGCAUCGAGGUUCUAUACACACCAACGGCGAAGAUUAGGCCAGACCCUCCGCAUCCCCGCGAGGGCCAGAAGCUGUUGCUUCACUGUGAGGGUCGCGGAAAUCCCGUCCCCCAGCAGUACCUGUGGGAGAAGGAAGGCAGUGUGCCCCCGCUAAAGAUGACCCAGGAGAGUGCCCUGAUCUUCCCCUUCCUCAACAAGAGCGACAGCGGGACCUACGGCUGCACGGCCACCAGCAACAUGGGCAGCUACAAGGCCUACUACACGCUCAACGUGAACGACCCCAGCCCAGUGCCCUCGUCGUCCAGCACCUACCACGCCAUCAUUGGUGGGAUCGUGGCUUUCAUCGUCUUCCUGCUUCUCAUCCUGCUUAUCUUCCUGGGCCACUACUUGAUCCGGCACAAAGGAACCUACCUGACACACGAGGCCAAAGGCUCGGAUGACGCCCCAGAUGCAGACACAGCCAUCAUCAACGCAGAAGGCGGGCAGUCGGGCGGGGAUGACAAGAAGGAGUAUUUCAUCUAGAGGCGCCCAGCCACCUCCUACGCCCCCAGGGGCCCCGCGGGGACUGCCGGGGCCAUCGCCAACCUGGACUUGUACAGAGCGACCCCAGGGCCGCCCCUCCCGCUUGCUCCCCGGCCCCCCCACCCCCCUGUACAG